AUGCCCGCGCUCGUGUCGGUCCCGCGCACCGCCGUCCACGCGUGGCUCCCCCAGCGCGACCCUGAACAAGGCCCGCUCCUCGCCACCACCACGGCCGCCCUGGGCCAGCUCGACGACCAGUACAACUCGAGUGACUCGCACCUCGAGCUCUUCGCACCCUUCUCGCACAACCCGCAAGACCCUGUCGCCCGCAUCCCCUCGUCGACCCGCUGUCACCGCAUCGCCUGGGGCCAGUGGGACCCGUCGCAAGGUCAACAUGCCGCCGACGAGACCAACCUCGGCAUCCUCGCCACCGGUGCUCACUCGGGCGCAGUCACCCUGUACGACCCGGCAAAGCUCGUCGCCAACCAAGACCCGCUCCUCCACGAGCUCGCAAGCCCGCACCGCACCCCCGUCCGCGGCCUCGACUUUAGCCCCGCGCAGAAGAACCUCCUCGCGACCGGCGCCGCCAACGCAGAGAUCCUCAUCUGGGACCUGACGUCGCCCUCGUCGCCCUUCUCGCCCGGGUCCCGCUCGCGCUCGCUCGACAGCAUCACGUCGCUCGCGUGGAACCCCUCGGUCGUCCACAUCCUCGCCUCGUCGUCCAACUCGGGCAUGACGGUCGUCUGGGACCUCAAGUCCAAGCGCGAGAUCACGGCCCUGUCGUACACGUCCCAGGGCGCGACCGGCCUCGGCCCGACCGGCUUUGGCGGCGGCGGCGGCGGCGGCGGGUCGGGCCUCGGCAGCGGCGGGUUCGGCGGCAUGGGCGGCGGCGCAGGUCUCGGCGGGCACUCGGUCGUGCGGUGGCACCCGGAGAACCCGACAAAGCUCGUCACGGCGAGCGAGGACGACCACGCGCCGUUCCUCCUCGUGUGGGACCUGCGCAACUGGAAAGAGCCCGAGCGGGUCCUGCGCGGGCACGACAAGGGCAUCCUCUCGCUCGAGUUCUGCCCCUCGGACCCGGACCUCGUCCUCUCGUCGGGCAAGGACGGCCGCACCCUCACGUGGUCCCUGUCGUCGGCUGCGCUCGGCCACGAGGGCCCCGUCGCCGAGGUGAGCGCCGCAACGGGCGCCAACUGGACGUUCGACGCGUCGUGGUGCCCGCGCAACCCGGGCUUCAUCGCCACGUCGUCGCUCGACGGCACGCUCGCCGUUCACUCGCUCCAGGCGACCAACGCGCCCGUCGACGACCCGGCGUCGGCCACCGGGGCCGACGCGGCCGCCCUCGCCGACCCGAGCGCGCUCGGCGCCGACUCGUUCUUUGAGAGCGCCAUCGCCGCCAACGCGCGCAACGCGCCCCUCGUCUCGCUCGCCGUCGAGCCCCGCUGGCUGCGCCGUCCGGCGUCGGUCGCGUGGGGCUUUGGCGGCCGCCUCGUCACGGUCGACACCAAGGGCUCGGCCGUCCACAUCGAGCGCAGGGUGACGCUGCCCGACGUCGUCGAGCGCGCCGACCGCCUGCGACGCGCCGAGCGUGGCGAGGACGAGGGUGGACUCGCCCGAUUCGCCGACGAGCAGGUGGCGCAGCAGCAGCAGGCGUCGUCGUCGACCGAGGACGGCUCGGACGACGGGUGGGGCCUUCUCCGGACCCUGUUCCACGCCGGGGCGGGCCUCGGCGGCGUCCUCGAGGGCCAGCGCGACGCCCUCGUCGAGAUGCUCCUCGCCGCCGACGCCGACGCGCACGGUGACGUCGACGCCGACGCGUUCGACCGCGACGAGCUGCGCGCGCGCGUCGAGGCGCUCGCGAGGGAGCUCAAGGGCGACGCGGCGGCGGCGUCGGGCGUCGCUGCCGAGGGCGAGAAGGCGGCCGGCGGCGUCGAGGUCAAGAAGGAGGAGCUCGACGACGCGGGCGCGCUCUUUGGCGGCGCGGCGCAGGGCGGCGACGAGGCGGGCUUCGGCUUUGGCGCCGGGUCCGGCGACGACUUUCUCGCGCAGCUGUCGUCUGGUGCACCUGCGCCCGCGGCGGCCGCCGACGAGGGCAAGCCCGACGCGGCCGCCGCCGCCGCCGCCGAGGAGGCCGACACCCCGUCGCCCUUCUCGCUCUCGACGCCGGCGGCCUCGGAGACCGACACGCUCCUGACGCGCGCCCUCGUCGUCGGCGACUUUGCGUCGGCCGUCACGCUCGCGCUCGCCCUGUCGCGCUGGGCCGACGCUCUCCUGUUCGCGCUCCAGUCGGGCUCGCCCGACCUCGUCGACCAGGCGCGCCGAGCCUACUUUGCCGAGCGCGCAGCCGAGGUGCCGUACCUGCGCGUCCUGCGCGCCGUCGGCUCGUCGUCGUCGUCGGCCGGCGCCGCCUCGGACGAGCUCAAGCUCGCCGCCCUCGUGCGCGACCUCGACCCGUCCAACUGGCGCGAGGCGCUCCUCCUCCUGUCGACCUACGCCUCGCCCGCGUCGUUCCCGGCCCUCGCGGCCCAGCUCGGCGCCCAGCUCGAGCGCGAGUGGCGCUCGUCGGGCGACCGCAAGUGGCGCGAGCGCGCGACGCGGGCCUUUGCCGCCGCGGGCGCCCAGGCGCUCGGCCGCCUCGCCGGCGUGUGGAGCCAGGUCGCCGACGAGGAGCAGCAGCGCGCGCUCGCGCAGGCCGAGAGCAGCGCCGGCGCCGGCGCCGGCGAGCGUUUCGCCGCACGGGCCGCCGCGCUCCAAGGGCUCGUCGAGAAGCUGCGCGCGUUCGAGCACGCGACGGGCGGCGCCCAGGCGCCGUCGAGCGACGUCGCAGGCGAGCUCGACGAGCUGCACGGCGCGUACCUCGAGUACGCCGAGCUCCUCGCCGGCCAAGGGCGCGCCAACCUCGCGCUCGAGUACGUCGCGCGCACGCCCGACGCGUUCGACCCUGUGCGCCGAGAGCGCGUCCUGCGCGCUGCGGGCGCCGGCGUCGGCGCGGGCAGCAGCAGCCGGGCGGCGCCGUCGUCGGCACAGCAGUACCAGCCGUACCAGCGGACGGCGGCGACGCAGCCGCAGCGCAGCGCGUACGGCAUGCCGGCGUACGGCGGGUACCAGGCGCAGCAGCCUGCCGCGUCGAACGUGUACAACCCGUACGCCGCACCGGCGCCCGUCCAGCAGCAGCAGCAGCCGAGCGCCUACAACCCGUACGCGCCGCCACCUCCUGCCGCCGCCGCUCAGGCCCCGGCACCUCCUGUCGCCGCCGCUGCCGCGCCUCCUGCCGCGAGGAACCCGUACGCGUCGGCGCCGGCGUUGACCAACCCGAUCGACGACCCGUACGCGCCCAACCCUUACGCCGCCAAGCCCGCCGGCCCGCAACCUGCCGCCUCGUCCUUCCAGCCUCAGCAGCAGCCGCAGCAGCAGUCGUCGCAGUACGACCCGUACGCGCCGCAGAACCCGGGCGCCGGCCUCCCCGCGCCGCCCCCCAUCCGCACCGAGUCGCCGUCGUUCGCCAAGCCGCCGACGAGCAGCGCCGCGCCGCCUCCUCCUCGCGCAAAGCCCGACGGCGGCUGGAACGACGCGCCGAUCCUGCCCCCGAGCGCGCUCAGGCGGCACACGCCUGCGCCGCCGAGUGCGCCCGCUCAGGCCCCCAUCGCGAGCCCGUUCCCCAACUCGAGCCCGAUCGGUUCGCCUUUCGGUGGCCCGCCCGGCGCCGCUGGCGUCCCGCCGCCGCCGCCGAGUCGAGGCGGCAACCGCACGCCCGCACCGCCCCCGCCUCCCAUGGCGAGCGGGCCCAAGUUCGCCCCGCCGCCGCCCAAGGGCGUCAACCGGCCGGCGACGAUGCAGCUCCCGCCGCAGGCCCCGACGUCGGCGCCGCAGCGCGCGCUCUCGCCUCCCGCUCAGCAGCAGCAGCAGCAGCAGCAGGCGUUCAACCCGUACGCGCCGCCGCCGCCGUCGCAGCCGCAGUCGCUCGGCGCGAGCUUCGGUCCCGGCGCCGGCGGGCCCAACGGCUUCCCGCAGCCUCCUCCUCCGCCUCAGCAGCAGAGCGCGCCCGCUCCUCCUCCUCCUCGCGCCGCACCCGGGCCCGUGUACGCCGCGCCGCCGCCUCCUCGCGCUCAGCAGCAGCCGGCGCCGCCGCCUCCUCGGCCAACGAGCGCGGGCGGGAACCGUCUGCCGCCUCCCUCGGCACCAGGACCCGCACCGCCCAUGCCGUCGAUGCCGCCGCCGCCGCCGCCGCAACAGCAGCAGCAGCCGCACGGCAUGGGACAGUUCGUCCCGCCGCCGCCUCCUGCCGGCGCACGCCCUCCCCCACCGCCUCAGCAGCAGCAGCAGCCGUCGAUCCAGGGCGCGCUCAAGAGCCCGCAGCUCGGCGGGCAGCCGCAGGCGGCGAGGAGCCCGCAGAUGGGCAGCUCGAACGGCUUCGCGCCGCCGCCGCCGCCGCCGGGUCAGGGCCAGCCGCCUCGCGCGGCGCCUAACGGCCAGCAGCAGCAGCAGCAGCAGCGUCCUCCUCCGCCGCCGCAGCAGCAGGGCUCGAUGCCGCCGCCGCCGCCGCCUCAGGCCAACGGUGGUCCUCGUCCGCCUCCUCCUCGCGCCGAGCCGCCCAAGAUGAAGUACCCGCCCGGCGACCGCUCGCACAUCGCGUCGACGUACCAGCCCAUCGUCGACAUCCUCUCGGCCGAGCUCGCGCGCCUGCGCCAGAUUGUGCCGCCGCAGCAGGGCAAGCUCGUCGCCGAGACGGACAAGCGGCUCAACAUCCUGUACGACAUGCUCAACAACGAGGCCUUGAGCAAGUCGAGCGCCGACCGCGUUCUCGACAUCUGCCAGGCCAUCGCCGCCCGGGACCAGGCCAAGGCGCUCGACCUCCACUUUGCGCUCCUGACGCAGGCCCCGCCCGCGCCCGACGUCGCCCCGUUCCAGGCCGCGCUCAAGCUCCUCGUGCAGCGCAUGCAGCCGCCGCAGUAGAGCGGCGUCUCGCCCUGUCUCGCCGCGUUGGUCGGGCGGCAGAAAACGCCCCUCGCCGUGCUUCUCUCCUCCCUCUCCUUUUGAUACCGUAGUUCCUCCUCUUUCCCUUCUUGCCUCUGUUCCCGCCUUUUCCUCCUCCUUCUAGCUCCGUCCUGCAAAAGAACCCAGUGUCUGCUUC